AUGCCCGUCGGCGAGUACUCGUUGCGCCUUCAACACGGAAUCCGUGGAGGCUUCGCCCCACCCACUCCCAACGCGAUCCACACCAUCACACAACCCCUGAAUAGCAACACCCUCACCAUCGCCUCCGCCAUUCGGCUUUCCGGAACGCCAUCGCUCCAGGAGAUCGCGCCUAAGUUCGUCUCCUCUACUGAGGAAUCCACGGCUGCGCUCGUCGAAGAGCUUCACGGCAUCCUGAAGACGCUGCCCACGGAGAGCCCCCCAGGCAGUGAAGAUAUCUAUGGUUUGGACACAAGCAUCGCGUGGGGGAGCGACGACCUGCAGUGGAUGAACGGCGCGCCAGAGGGGUGCACGGGCGGCACAAGCACGGUGCAGCCGACGGAGGAGGAGAAGAAGAAGUUCAAGAGGGCAGUUGAAAUUGUCAAUGAGCUCGUGAAGAAGGAAGCAUAG